AAAGAAAUAAAUACAACAUCUAGGCUAUCUGUCUAGUUAAUUGUGAUGUGCUAUUUUAUUGCAAAUCAAACACGUGGCCUUGAUUGCCACUUACAUAAAUUUAACCGAUGACAUAAUCAGCUGCAAAGUUUAUUAUCAACUUCGUAUCUAAACAUGUGCGUUCGAAAUUUGUUUCUGUUUUGUACUCUUUUGUGUAUUUCGGAAUGUUACAAUAUUUUGGCAAUUUUUCCUACUCCGUCUCAUAGUCAUCACACUUUAGCCUCUAAACUGGCAAAAGAAUUAGCAGAAAGAAAACAUAAUGUGACGUUUGUUAAUCCAUUUCCUCAAACGGAAUCUCUGGACAGUUUUAAGGAAAUUAGUGUAGAGGAAAUAAUACCUGUAUUUAAUCGGCACAAGAAGAAUUUAUUUAAACUCAACGAGCAAACACUUUUCGAGAAUGUGAUUUUUGUGAAUAACGUUGGGCUUUUUGUAACAGAAGAAUUGCUUCGAAAUGAAAAAAUACAAAAACUGUUACACUCGGACGAACAUUUUGACCUUGUAAUUUUACCCCAAUUUAUAAAUGAAGGCUUAUUUGGUAUAGGCCACCACUUUAAAGCACCGGUGGUACUUCUUGCACCGAUGCCCCUUUUUUCAUGGAGUAGUUUUCUUCUUGGACAUCCCACAUUAUCAUCCUAUGUACCAAAUAUCCAGACACCCUAUACAGGGCGUAUGAACUUUUGGCAACGACUUUGUAACAGUAUUUACGAUGCUUAUUCGAUUCUUUAUCACCAAUGGGUCGUACUACCAAAACACAGACAACUAGUAAAGAAAUAUAUACCCGGACAACCCGAUUUGUACGAUUUUCUUAAUAAUGCCAGUUUAUUGCUAGUUAACUCGCAUUUGAGUUCUUAUGAUGCUACAAUUCAAAUACCGAAUGUUGUCGAAAUUGGUGGUUUUCAUCUUGAGGAAGGAAAAAAAUUACCGGAGGAUCUUCAGAAAUAUUUGGAUAAUUCCAAACAGGGAGUUGUGUUAUUCUCAAUGGGGACAUUAUUGAAAAGUUCAAACAUGCCAAAAGAAAAAUUACAAGCACUUAUUCAAGCAUUUUCCAAACUUAAACAAAACGUGCUGUGGAAAUGGGACAGUGAAAAAAUGGAAGGAAAGCCCCAAAAUGUCAAAUUACUAAAGUGGUUGCCACAGUCGGAUGUUUUAGCUCAUCCAAAUGUAAUGGUAUUUAUCACACAUGGCGGUCUUCUAAGCACAAUGGAAAGCAUUUAUCAUGGAGUACCAACAUUAGGGAUUCCGGUUUUUACCGACCAGAAGGCAAAUAUGGAAUUUGCAGUGGCAGCAGGGUCUGGUAUUGCCGUUCCCUACGCAGAAUUAUCGGAAGAAAAAUUAUCCUUCUCUUUGAAUGAAAUUUUAAAUGAUCGAAACUACAAAAAAAAUGUGAUAAAGCGGUCGAAAGUAAUGAAAGAUCGAGCAAUACACCCCUUAGAUUAUGCCAUUUAUUGGAUCGAGUAUGUCGCACGACAUGAAGGGGCGCCCCAUCUCAGAUACCCUGGAAUAGAUCUGGCUUGGUACCAACGAUAUUUACUCGAUGUCGCGGUUUUUAUUGGGUUGACAAGUGUUAUAAUAUUAGGAUUGGUUUUUAUUGUUGUUAAACAAUUGUCAAAAUUGUGUGGCAAGGCAGAAAAUGAAAACGAAAUAAAGAAGAAAUUAAACUAAA